AGCGGCGAGUGACAGAGAGCAGCUGCUGCAGUCUGGCCUCUGUUCCUUUAAUAAACUCCUGCUUAUCUAGUGUAACAAAUGUCUCGCUGCCAUCAUCAAGUCCAGCCGAGGAGGGAGGAGUUUUUAAUGUUCAGUUUGUUCUCCGGAUCGAUGUCUGCUGGCAUCGCCUCUCCCCCUUUCUCCCUCCCCGCGCCGCGCCGCGCGUAAUAUCACCGCAACGCUCGGCGUGUUUGCGCGCAUUUCGAGCCCGAUGAGUGGCGCGCGGCGAUCAAACGUUACGCGGCGCUGACGGACGAAAACAGACGGUGAGGAAGGGACGCCCCGGAGCAGCAGGAGGAGCAGCCGCGGCAGGAGGAGGAGGAGGAGGAAGGAGGAGGUGAAAGAACGAUCCGGCUGCCGCUCUCCAACCUUUCCUUGUUGGAUUUUCUUGACAGAAGAAGAAGAAGAAGUCGGAAGAGGCGAGAAUAAAGACUCUUUCUGUGUGUGAGCGCGCGCGCGCUAGGGUGCAUAUGCGCGCGUGCCUCUGCGUGUGUGUUCAUGGACUAUCUCCUCGCGCGUUUCACCUGGACUCAGCGCUGAACUGAGAGGAGGAGGAGGAAGGAGACGGAGAAAUGCCGCGGAGGAAGCAGCAGGCGCCCAGACGGGCUGCGGUGUACGUGCCCGAUGAAGACGCUGCUCUGCAGGACUCCAUCAACGAGGACGAUGGAGAGAACGACCCUCAAACGGAGGAGGAAUGCUCGGAAAAGACCAGCCCCAAACUGUGCGAGGACAGGGAGCUGGACAACAAGAGCACCAACACCUUCAGCAACCAGAACUCUCCCAUCAGCGUCCUGUCCAAUCAGGAGGCCGAGCUGGAAUCGCGCCUCAGCGACAGCAGCGACAGGCUGUCCGACUUCAAGACCUCAUCGCCGCCCGAGAGCCAGAGGGACGAGGAAAGCCGCAGCUCCAAGCAUAAAGAGGAGACAAGCAGCAGCCUGGAGAAAAUGAGGGCGGCCUAUGCAAACUUUCUGUCCGAUUCCUACUGGACAGGGAUCGGAAUGGACUUAAAAAUGGGCAAAACCACCAGCAAAGCUAACUGUGACAGCACCAACGGGAGCACCAAGAGUGAGUUUGACUGGCACCAGGACGCCCUCUCCAAAACCCUGCAGCAGACGCUGUCUCCAAAACCUACAUCCAAACCCAACCUGUUCAGCUCCGUCCACCUGUACAGGCAAACCACCAAACCCUGCGGCUCGGUGUUCACGGGAGCCAGCCGGUUCCGCUGUAAGGACUGCAGCGCCGCCUACGACACGCUGGUGGAGCUGACCGUCCACAUGAACAAAACGGGACACUACCAAGACAACAACCACAGCAAGCAGAGCAACUCCUCCGCCUCGUCCUCCAAGUCUCGCAAGCGAAACCUGCAGGAGAUGGAGGGGAAGGAGGACGCGCAGAAAGUCUUGAAGUGCAUGUUCUGCGGCCAUUCCUUCGACUCGCUGCAGGAUUUGAGCGUGCACAUGAUCAAGACCAAGCAUUACCAAAAAGUGCCUUUGAAAGAGCCGAUCCCGGUCAUCACGCCCAAGUUACUGCCACCAGCGAAAAAGCGGGCCUUUGAAAGCACACGGCCGUGCUCCCCGGACUCCACGACCGGCGUGGCCGGCUUCACGGAGGCUCAACGGGCCGCCAUCUCCAACGCCAACAACAAUCGUCACGGAUAUCAAAACGGAGCCAGCUACACGUGGCAGUUCGAGACGUGCAAGUCUCAGAUUCUGAAGUGCAUGGAGUGCGGCAGCUCCCACGACACCCUGCAGCAGCUCACCACACACAUGAUGGUAACCGGACACUUCAUCAAGGUCACAAACUCGGCUUCCAAAAAGGGCAAACAGUUGGCCCUUGACCCCCUGGCCGUAGAGAAGAUCCAGGGUUUAGCUGAUGCGCCUACGGGCGACACGGACGCAGACAAGGCCUCUCCAAAAACCUUGUCGCCCGGGGGCAGUGAAAAGGAAAGCCAGGGGGAAGGAACGUCGGACAAACCGGAAGAAACCGACACAAAAGACGACAAGCAAGACGGUGACGGUAAAAAGCCGGGUGACGGGGAUUUUAAGUACCCCUAUUUGCGUGAAGAAGAUCUAGAGCAGGACUCGGGUGGGGGAGGGGACAUCCUGAAAUCCUUAGCUAACACAGUGGCCUCCGCCAUCAACAAAGCUCAAACAGGGACGCCAAGCUGGAGCGCCUACCCGAGCAUUCACGCCGCCUACCAGCUCUCUGGCAUCAUCAAAAGUGCCCCUCUAUCCGCCUCUCCCCCCAUUCAGCUGAAGCAGACGUUCAACCACAAGCUGCGGCCGAUCGCCCCCAAGGCGAAGCUGUUCCCCGGCGAAUCCACCCAGGGAGCGCAUCCCAACCUGGACAUCAAAAAGGAGAAGGUUGGCAUUAGCGAUGGUAAAGAGAGUCAGAAUAUAAAGUUUGACCUGGCGGAGAACGAUGACAGCGAUUGUCAGGAUGACGCCUCCACCUCUUCAAAGCUGGAUGCAGACGGUAUGACUGAAGGGAGCGAGGCCAUCAAAGGGAAGCUGAGCCCAGAUUUCUCUGACAGAGGCAAGUCGCCGAGCCCCGCUGCCAGCAACGGACGCAGCACGGCUUCAGAGCCGCUCAGUGACACCUCGGAUAUACUCGGCGUAAACCCCCUCAGUGCUCUGCAGUCGGUUUUGAACAAUCACUUGGGCAAAGCAAAUAAGCCCAAUAACUCCAGAGCGGACAAACUAUCGUCACAUACGCAGAACAUUUUUGCCGAGAUCAACCGCAGCAGCGAGAAACCGUCUUCGGUGCUUGGAAGUCCCGUAAGAAAAAGACCUCAUAGCAACUUCCUCUUUGUAAAUGACGACCAGCCCAUAGACCUGACCAAAUCGAAAAGCAAAUCCAGCUCCUUGCUGCUGCAACCCUCCACCCCACUGCCUCAUAAAUACGCUCUGUCUGAUAUCGCGGACAUGGUCAAGGUUCUUCCGAAGGCCACCACGCCAAAACCUUCAAUGCCGUCAAGGUUUCCAACCACCAAACUGGAAUCGGACGUCCGGCGCUUUGAGGACGUGUCCGCGGAGGUUUACUCGGUCCACAAGCGCAAAGGCCGGCAGUCGAACUGGAACCCUCGGCAUCUCCUCAUCCUCCAAGCUCAGUUUGCCUCCAGCCUCUUCCAGACCUCGGAGGGAAAGUAUUUGCUCUCGGAUCUCGGCCCUCAGGAACGGAUGCACAUUUCCAAAUUCACCGGAUUGUCCAUGACCACCAUAAGCCAUUGGUUAGCCAACGUCAAGUACCAGCUAAGAAAAACGGGAGGGACGAAAUUCCUGAAAAACAUGGACACGGGUCACCCCGUGUUCUACUGCAACGACUGCGCUUCCCAGUUCCGCUCGCCGUCCACGUUCAUCUCCCACCUGGAAUCCCACCUCGGCUUCCAGAUCAAAGACAUGUGCAAAAUGCCGGUGGAGCACCAGACGAAGGUGGAGGAGCCGGAACUGUCGAAGCCCCUCGGCAUCAGAGCCGCCGAGGCUCUGGCCGCCGAGGAGGACAUGGACUCCAAGUUCAAAUGUAAACUCUGCUGUCGGACAUUUGCCAGCAACCACGCGGUGAAACUGCACCUGAGCAAAACUCACAGCAAAUCCCCGGACAACCAUUCACAGUAUGUGGAGAUGGACAAAGAGUAGCCGUCCACAUCACUCCCUCCACCGUUUUGUCUUCUUACUUUGAGUUUCUCACACGGGUCAGACAACCAUCUCCCAACUGACGACUACGGAGAACACACUGGUUCAAAGCUGUGUAAGGAAACACUAAAAUACUUUUGCACCCUGCUCAAAAUGCACCACCAGUAAUGAAACGUAUUACUGCUUGAAGAAAUAAAAGUGCUGAUGUUUGCAUGCAAUAGCCUUGGCUAUGACUACUAUUUAUUUGUAUAAUAUGUCAAGUUUCAAUUGUAUUUCAAAGGCAAAUUAAUGAGCUAAUUGAACAGCAGCCUCUGUGAUGCAGAACACGUGCACUAAAGUGCAAAUGUAGCCCAUCAUCACACACACACAAGCACACACACACAGGCCUGUACAGUUUAAUGCUUUGUAAAGAUGUUUUGUGUUGCAAUGACAGAAGAAAAAGAAGAAGAAGAAAAAUAAAAGCACUUUAAUAAAUGUUUAAUCACCAGUUUAGAUGCAGAUUCUGUACAUGACUCAAACAAACAUUAGAUUGGAAAACGAGGAGAUUUCACAUGUAAAUAUAUUUUAGGAGGACAAAAAAGUGAGUUUCAUGCAACAAUGUUAACAACAAGACAGAUGAUACCUGUGAUACCUGCACCAUUUUUUACCUAUUCAAAUAAAGAGUUAACAUUUAA